GCAAAAGCCCCGCCUAUCGAAAGCUAGACGCUUGGCGCGCUGCCAUCACUAGAGGUCACAAUUGGGCAACACUUUUUGUUUACUUUCGCCAAAGUUUAAACUUUUCGGUGAUUUCUGAGCGGUGAAGUGCAUGUACAGCAUCGGCGUGAAUUGUGCUAGGAUCGGGAAAGGAUAUUGGAACUGGCGAGGAGGUGAAGGAGCAGCAAGGAUACAACUACUACUACAACUACUCUUUGGCAACGAAUCCUGAUACUAAGACUAUGUAGUACAGUGGAACAUCUAUCAUCUAACAUCAACGAACAACAACAACACCGAGGUGCCCUUAGACAAUCUCUAUUUCUACAAGAAAAAAAAAAAACCAAAACAAAAACUAAUUAAAUGAAAUUGAUAACUGCCGAUUUUUGAACUGACAAUAAAAAUAAACAACAAAACAAACGCAACAACAAGGAUAACAAAUAAACCAAGGAACCAACUAAAAAAAAAAAAAAAACAGUGAAAUUUAAUUAAAAUAUUUAUAAACCGAAAAAAAAACAUAAAAAAAACUCGAUAUGGGACGCAAAGUUACGGUGGCAGUGUCCACUUUGAACCAAUGGGCCCUGGAUUUUGAGGGCAACAUGGCCAGGAUACUGCAGUCCAUACUGGAGGCCAAGGACAUGGGAGCCAGCUAUAGGACAGGACCUGAACUGGAGGUUUGUGGCUAUAGCUGCGAGGAUCAUUUCCGAGAGCCGGACACUUUUCUGCACUCCUGGGAGGUGCUCCUGGAGGUCAUGAUGUCUCCCAUUUGUGAGAACAUGCUGGUGGACGUGGGAAUGCCUGUGAUGCAUCGCAAUGUGGCCUACAACUGCCGGGUGGCGUUCUUCAAUCGCCAACUGCUCCUCAUCCGGCCGAAGAUGGCCAUGUGCGAUGAUGGCAACUAUCGGGAGUCCCGCUGGUUCACCGCCUGGACGAAGGCAUUGCAAACGGAGGAGUUCGUCCUGCCGCGAAUGAUUGCCCAGCACACGGGACAGCAGACAGUGCCGUUCGGAGAUGCGGUGAUCGCCACCAGGGACACGUGCCUGGGCUACGAGAUCUGCGAGGAGCUGUGGAAUGUGCGGAGCAAGCACAUCGAGAUGUCGCUGGCUGGCGUGGAGCUGAUCGUGAACAGCUCGGGCAGCUACAUGGAGCUGAGGAAGGCGCACAUCACCACCGAUCUCAUCCGGAACGCCAGCUUCAAGGCGGGCGGGGCCUACCUCUUCAGCAAUCUGCGCGGAUGCGACGGCCAGAGGGUCUACUUCCACGGCUGUUCGGCCAUCGCCCUCAACGGGGAGCUCCUGGCGCGGGGCCAGCAGUUUGCGCUGCAAGAUGUGGAGGUCACUCUGGCCACCAUUGACCUGGAAGAGAUCAGGGCCUACAGGGUCAGUCUGCGAUCGAGGUGCUCGGCCGCCGCCGGGGCAGCCAACUAUCCGAGGGUUCAUUGCGACUUCGAGAUGUCCAGCCACAGUGAUAUAUUCAAGACCUCGACUCCGCCCCUCAACUGGCCCAACCACACGCCCGAGGAGGAGAUAGCUCUGGGCCCCGCCUGCUGGCUGUGGGAUUACCUUCGGCGGUCCGGACAGGGUGGCUUCUUCUUGCCUCUGAGUGGCGGCGUCGACUCCAGCAGCUCCGCCACCAUAGUCCACUCCAUGUGCCGGCUGAUCGUCCAGGCUGUCCAGCUGGGCGACGCCCAGGUGCUGCACGACAUCCGUAAGAUCCUGGCGGACACGGACUACACGCCGGACAACGCCGCCGGACUGUGCAACCGAUUGCUCGUCACCUGCUUCAUGGGAAGCGUUAACAGCAGCAAGGAGACUCGGCGACGUGCCGCCCAACUGGCCAACCAACUGGGCAGCUACCACAUCGAGAUCAGCAUCGACCUGGCCGUGAAUGCCUUGCUGGGGAUCUUCAAUGCCGUCACUGGCCUGACACCGCGUUUCCGCACCCAAGGUGGCUGCGCCCGCCAGAAUCUGGCUCUGCAGAACAUCCAAUCUCGCAUCCGCAUGGUCCUGGCCUACAUCUUUGCCCAGCUUAUGCUCUGGGUGAGGAAUAGACCCGGUGGACUCCUCGUCCUGGGCUCCGCUAACGUGGAUGAGUCCCUAAGGGGAUACCUUACCAAGUACGACUGCUCCUCGGCGGACAUCAAUCCCAUUGGCGGCAUCUCCAAGACGGACCUACGAAGAUUUCUGGCCUACGCCAAAGAAAAGUUCAACCUACCCGUUCUGGAACAGAUCAUCGAGGCCCCGCCCACCGCGGAGCUGGAGCCGCUCCAGGAGAACGGCGAACUGCAGCAAACGGAUGAACAGGACAUGGGAAUGACGUAUGCGGAGCUCUCAGAGUACGGAAGAUUGAGGAAGCAGUCCUUCUGCGGGCCGUACAGUAUGUUCUGCCGGCUGGUGGCCACCUGGAAGGGCGACCUGAGUCCCAAGGAGGUGGCCGACAAGGUGAAGCACUUCUUUAGGUGCUACGCCAUCAACCGGCACAAGAUGACCGUGCUGACGCCGUCGGUGCAUAUGGAGGGCUAUAGUCCGGACGACAACCGGUUCGACCACCGGCCCUUCCUCUACAGACCCAACUGGAGCUGGCAGUUCAAGGCCAUCGACGACGAGGUGGAGAAACUGCAGCCGAUCUAUACACCAUCCUCGGCACAGAUGCGUCCCAGCAGCGAGGAUCUUCUCAUCUCCACCCAGAGGUCAUCCCACCUGGACGACUCGAAACACUCGUCGCCACUCUCCUCGGCAUCCGCCUCCAUAGACGUGGGCAUCUCAACGGCGGCGGUUCCUCUGCCGGGUGCCGCUGCUCCCGGAGGACUGUCCAAGAAACCAAGUGGAUACUCGAAGGUGCAUGUGAAUGUCCUUGGAAAAAUCAAGGAUCGUACGGGAAUUCCCGUCUAGGAACAAUAUAUACUCGCAAAAGUUUAUACAAACGCGCACUGUUGGAAUUAUACAAGACACAUAUAUCAUUAUUAACAAUUUUUUUUAGAUCUGCAGUUCAAUGCCUUUUGCUGCAAUGCUGGAACACACAAUUUAUUGUAGUUUUUAGGAUAUAUCUUAAAUGUAACACUUCUGCUAUCCACUUUUAUGUACUAUGUGCCUUCGACUGCUCGCGAUUUCGUAAUUUAUUUGUAAUGUUUUGUGGCCAUUUUAAAAUGUCAAAUCCAAAGAAAUUGUUUAGUUUAUAGUACGUCCUAGUAUUUGUAUUUGUUCCUUAAUCAACAAGUUUAUGAAACCUAAACGGAAUUGAAAAUUAGCUUUGACUUAAAACUCUUUUUAAAAUGUACUUUUUUAAUGUUAGCCUAUGCCAAUCACUAAUAUGUAGCUUUAAACAAUUAAGCACGACAGCAAAAGGCAUUAUCCUGUAUAUAUAUAUAUAUAAAUUAAAAGGAAGUGUAGGCCUAGAUGUAGAUCCUUCUCAAAAUCUAGAUCCAUUUCAAUAUGUACUUAUUCAGCUCCAUUUGAAUGCAGUCACAGCCUUCUUAGUCCUUUCCAUUUGGCCUUAUCUAAAAGUCUAUUAUCUUGUCUAAAGCUCAAGCUUUCCGUAAUUUUAGUAAUAUAAGUCACAAAACUUUUCUGGCUUAAUGUGGCCUAUUUUUUUUUUACUUAAAAAACAUACGAUUGUUGGUUGUAAAUAUUUAAUUUUGCCGGUUGUGUACAGUGUGUUGUCAAAUCUAUGAAAAACUACAACAAAACUAUUGUUAUCCUAUUUAAAUUUGUUUUCUAAUUCUUAAAAAACAUUUUUUUUAGAUCUUAAUUUAUAUGCAAUCGUUCUAGAUGUUUGGUUUAAACUAUCAACUAUCUAAAUAGUAUGUUUAACAAACUUAAAACUCGGAAACACCAUUUUUUUAAUAGAAACAUAUAUAUAUAUAUAUGCUUAUGAUAGAAUUUCUAUAUUCAGGAUGCAUUCGAUAAGUCAAUUAGCAUUGGAAACUAACAUUUUGAAUAAUAUAUUUUCUAGCAAAAAUUUCGAAAAAAGCCAAUCAGCUAACAAAUUAAACAAAAAAUUAUACAAAUUGUAAUAUCCUGUAGCUGUCAUGUAUCUUAACUACCAAAAUUGGCAUGAGUUUAGUUUUGAACUUAUAAACUAAGAUCAGUCGAUUCUAUCAUAAAGCUACUAUUAUAGAUAAAGAUUUUAUUAAAAAUUAUUGCUUUGGAAAAUUCCAAAGCUAGCUAUAUUUUUUUUUUCUAUAAUAUUGUAUGUAGACUUAAAGCACUCUGUGAAUUUGAUCACUUACAUUGCAUCGAUUUAUUGAAACACUGAUUGUACACCACUGUAGUCCUGAAAAAAUAUAUACACCCGAA